AUGGAUCCCACCCCUACCGCUCAAAAAGCAGAAGCAGCACCUCCUGCGCCGGCAACACACAUCCCAAAACCUCUUUCCGCACGCAUACGCCUCUGGCUGCGACUCUGGCUCUUCAAACUCAGCAUCCGCAGUCUCCUAGGCACACUACGGUUUUUCCGCUACAAAGGCAUGGGAACCCUCCAACCUACCUACCGAAAAUCUCUCGGCUCAGCUGGUUUGGUCCACGAUAUCUGGGUCCCGGAAGGUGCCAAAGCGGGAGAUAGGUUACCACUGUAUAUUGAUAUUCAUGGAGGGGGUUUUGCCAUUGGAGAUCCUUUUCAUGACGAGACUUGGUGUGAGUUUUUGAGGAAAAGAGGGGUGCUUGUUGUGAGCUGUGAUUACAGGAAAGCGCCCACGUAUGCGUUCCCAACCCAAACCCAGGAUUUGAUUGAGGUUGUCAGCAACAUCCUCUCCGACGACACUCUUCCCAUCGACGCCUCUAAAAUCGCAAUGGGAGGAUUUUCCGCCGGAGGAAAUCUCUCGCUCUCGGUUGCACAAACACCUUCUUUGCAGGGAAAGAUCAAAGCGCUUUUGCUUUGGUAUCCCUCGACGGAUUUCUCGGCAAAGUAUAGAGGAGAGUUCAGGGAUACACCUGCCGGAGAACCUGAUGUGCUUGCCAAAAGCGGGGAAUUGUUUACUUAUGGCUAUUUGCCUUCUGGCGUUGAUCUCUGCAACCCUUUGCUUUCUCCCAUUUACGCGGAUCGCAGACUCCUACCUCCUUACCUCAGAUUCGUGGGUGCGGAAUACGAUGUGCUCUGCAAUGAAGCCCACGAGACUGCAAAAUUGUACUCUGAACACGAAAAAGGCGAGAAGCAAGAGGGAAACGCAGAAGAGGACGAAAGGCAAGGUGUGCAGACGUGGAGAAAGGGCAAUAUCUGGUGGGAGAUGGUGCUGGGAGCACAGCAUGGAUUUAAUUAUGUCACGAAAAAGGAAGAGAAGGCUGAGAGGGAGAGGAAGAGGAUUACAGAGUUGGCUUAUGAAAGGUCGUGUGAGUGGUUGCUGAGGGAGGUUUAUGCUUGA